UAAGAUGAACAUGAUUCCAUCAUGUCACCUCUCACUGCUCCUUUUGCUUGCUGUAACAGAUGUGUACGGGGUGAGAAUCAUCGGGGGUGAUGAGGUAUACCCCUACUCCAUCAGGUAUCAAGCCUCCCUCCAAUUCAUGAACCUACACUUCUGCGGAGGCACCCUCAUCCACCCGCAGUGGGUGGUGUCUGCUGCCCACUGCUGGAGACCGGGUGCCAUGAUCCAAGUGGUACUGGGUGAUCACAACAUCUUUGAGGUGGAGGGCUUUGAACAGAGGUUCAAUGUCUCCUUAGUCAUCAGGCACUACCAGUACUCAUACUGGACAUUUGACAGUGAUAUAAUGCUGCUGAAGUUGGACCGUCCAGCUAUCAUCAACACCAGGGUCCAACCGGUCUCUUUUCCAAACCCGGACUCACCCCCGUUGGCUGACCGCACCCGGUGCACAGUCAGUGGCUGGGGUGUGACCUGGCUCGACAGCAACAGCCUGUCACCUGUAUUGAGGUCUGUGGAUGUGGACAUCUUUUCCAACUGCCGGUACUACUACUACUUCAGGAUCACAGACAACAUGGUCUGUGCUGGCUCUAUUCUUGGUGGGAAAGACUCCUGUCAGGGUGACUCAGGAGGGCCUCUUGUUUGUGACGGCAAAUUUGAGGGAAUUGUAUCUUGGGGCGCCAGGUGUGCCUAUGCUUACUACCCUGGCGUCUACACCAAGGUCAGGAACUACCUCGGAUGGAUCACCUUGGUCACCCAGAACAGCUAAUGAGACUCUUGAUUACAAGAUCACCAAGGACUCUACUCUGAAGAUUGGGUGGAUCCUAAUGGCACCAAAGGCAUUAAUGGAUUUUUUUUUGUUGUCUUUCAUAUAAACAUAAUUAUAUCUUCUAAAAAAAAAAAAGAAAGUGUCUGUAACAUACAUUCCAUGACUGACUAAACCCCCUACUUAGUGAAAAUCACCCAAUAAAGAAGACUCAGGUUGUUAAAAAAAAAAACAUAAACCAAGUCUGACAUAUAUAUGCAACAAAUGCACUUUGUA